AUGAGCUCUGGACGAAAAGACGUACACGGUGGACCACCCAGAGUUGGACCAGUUGGAGAUGAAGAACCCAUGCAUGCACCACCUAGAGAUGCACCUAGUGUUUUACCACCCGGAGUAAAAGGACCCAUGCAUGCACCACCUAGAGAUGCACCGAGUGUUUUACCACCCGGAGUAAAAGGACCCAUGCAUGCACCACCUAGAGAUGCACCGAGUGUUUUACCACCCGGAGUAAAAGGACCCAUGCAUGCACCACCUACCGAGAUGCACCGAGUGUUUUACCACCCGGAGUAA